AUGGCAAGUGGGAAUCCCUAUUUUGAUGAUUUGAGAAUGAAACCCGAAGUCAUUGAUCCACCUGAAAAUGAAGACACUUUGGAUGUUGGGGAACAUGUCAACAACCCUUCUGAAAGUGCUGUAAAGCCUAAUGUUGCUAUCUCAAGUAACGUCCGUGAUCUUCUCGAGUGCCCAGUUUGCUUGAACGCUAUGUAUCCCCCUAUUCAUCAGUGUUCGAACGGCCACACAUUAUGCUCUGGCUGCAAGCCCAGAGUUCACAACCGCUGCCCAACGUGCAGGCACGAGCUCGGCAACAUUCGAUGCCUGGCACUGGAGAAAGUAGCCGCAUCCCUCGAGCUCCCUUGCAAAUAUCAGAAUUUUGGGUGUAUUGGAAUCUUCCCUUACUAUAGCAAACUCAAGCAUGAAUCUCAGUGCACCUUUAGGCCUUACAACUGCCCAUACGCGGGGUCCGAGUGCUCUGUUGUAGGUGACAUCCCGUUUCUCGUGAGCCACUUGAAAGAUGACCAUAAAGUCGAUAUGCAUAGUGGUAGCACAUUCAACCAUAGAUAUGUCAAAUCGAAUCCGCAUGAGGUCGAGAAUGCCACGUGGAUGCUUACGGUUUUCAGUUGCUUUGGGCAGUACUUCUGCCUGCAUUUCGAGGCAUUUCAGUUAGGGAUGGCUCCCGUUUACAUAGCAUUCUUACGUUUCAUGGGCAAUGACAACGAGGCGAAAAAUUACAGCUAUAGCCUCGAGGUCGGGAGCAACGGAAGGAAGAUGACGUGGCAAGGUGUGCCCAGAAGCAUUAGGGACAGCCACCGAAAGGUCCGCGACAGUUUUGACGGGCUCAUCAUUCAACGAAACAUGGCCCUAUUCUUCUCGGGUGGGGAUAGGAAAGAAUUGAAACUCAGGGUCACCGGCCGGAUUUGGAAGGAGCAGUAG